AUCGCCAGUUGAAUCCACCAAUAACAUGAGAACACCGGUCUUCCUGCUGGGUGACGUCACACACGCUGCCAAGCGCACUGCGGAAGUCGCCCGCCUGUGUUGGGAGUCUGCAUUGACCUGCGGCAUCAUGACCUGUGUGCAUCUGCUAUUGACUUUAGUCUUUACUGUCAGCCUGGGGACACCUGUGGAGAUUCAUCGGCCUCGAGGAGUGCCAUUGACAAAGAGGCAGUUUUAUGAGGAGAACAAGCCCUUCACUUGUUUAGAUGGAUCUAAGACGAUUCCUUUUGACCGAGUGAAUGAUGACUACUGUGACUGCAAAGAUGGUUCGGAUGAGCCAGGCACCCCUGCUUGUCCGAACGGUAGCUUUCAUUGCACUAACGCUGGAUACAGGCCCACCUUUAUCCCAUCCUCCCGUAUUAAUGAUGGCAUCUGUGAUUGCUGCGACACUACUGAUGAGUACAACAGCGGAGCCAAAUGUGAAAAUACCUGCAAGGAUUUGGGACGUAAAGAAAGGGAGGUUCUUCAGAAGAUGGCUGAGAUCACCAGAGAGGGGUUUUUGCUGAAACGGCAGCUCAUUGAAGAGGCCAAGAAAGGCAAACAAGAAAAACAGGAUAAACUUACUGGAAUGCAGGACAACAAGAAACAGCUAGAUGAGAAAGUUGAAGCAAUGAGGACAGUGAAAGAAACAGCAGAGCAGCCUGAGAAGGAAGCUAAGGAGCGCCACCUCAAGGCCUGGGAAGAGCAAAUGGCAGCUAUUCGCCUAGAGAAAGAUAAAGCCAAAAUGGCAGAAGCCUUCUUGGAACUGGAUGACAAUGCAGAUGGCGUGGUGUCUGUUUCUGAGCUUCAGACUCAUGCAGAAUUGGACCCAGAUGCUGAUGGCACACUAAGUGAAACUGAGGCUCAGGGACUCAUGGGAGGCGCUGACCAGGUGGACACGUCAGCAUUUGAAAGUGUUUGGACCAACAUUAAAGACAAGUACAAAUCAGAGUCUCAGCCUGUGGAAUCUGCCCCAGUGGAGACACCUGGGGAGGAAAUGAAGGAGCCAGUCGGAGACAACGACUCUGAGCCGUAUCCAGAGGAGGACAUCUCUGAGGAAGACGAUGAGGAGGAGGACGAAGAUGAUUAUCAUGAAGAGGAUGAUAAAGUGAGAGCUCCGCCCAGUAUUAGGACUCCAGAGAAGAGUCAGGAGGAUGAAGAAGCCAUGCCUCCUUAUGAUGCUGAAACUCAGGCUCUUAUUGAUGCUGCUCAGAGGGCUAGAGAUGACUUUAAUGAGGCUGAGAAAGCUCUCAAGGAGGCGGAUGAUCAGAUCGGAAAUAUUGAGAAGGAGCUGUCCUUUGAUUUCGGCCCUGAUGCCGAGUUCACUUACAUGUACAACCAGUGCUAUGAGCUGUCCACUAGCGAGUACAUCUACAGACUGUGUCCUUUCAAUCGGGUUUUACAGAAACCCAAGUAUGGAGGCUCAGAGACCAACCUUGGGACAUGGGGAGCUUGGUCAGGGCCUGAAAAUAAUAAAUAUUUGGUGAUGAAAUACGAACAUGGCACCGGGUGCUGGCAGGGUCCAAACCGAUCAACUACAGUGAAGCUGACUUGUGGGAAGGAGACCGUGGUUACCUCCACUUCAGAGCCGAGCCGCUGUGAAUACCUAAUGGAAUUCAUCACACCUGCAGUGUGCCAAGAGACAUCCAACACUGACCCCUCAACACACACUCAUGUGGAGCUUUAGAUUCCACCUGCUGCUCGUCAAUGCAUGGUGUGCAAUGAGAUGCAUACAGAUGUUGUCUUUAAAAGUCUAUUAAAAAUAUGCAACACUGUUUAAGAUUAAAUUACAUGACUUUUUACUAAAUUCCUGGAAUGUGACACAUUUUUCAAUUUUGAUGGGUUAUGAGGUCUCAGCCAGUUUACUGCCUGCUGAAUGCUAAUAGAUUCAGUGUGUCUUUGAGUGCAUUAUGCAAUAUACAUAUAAUCGUGAAUUCAUACCUGUACAUUAGGUUGAUGUAACAUUCCUCCACCUGUUGCUAUAGCAACAUUAGUGUAUGAACUGAUGCACAUAGUGCCGUAUCAUCAGUUUAUGUCCACAAAGUGCAUUGUUAUGUUAUUAAAUUCUUGUUUUUCGCUCUCAUCUUUAGGUUGGUGUGUGGGAACAGUUAAGUUCCUGUUAGCUGUUUAGGAACCUCCUCCAUUAGUUUAGGGUCUACUGUAAUGUUUGUUUUUAUUGAUGUAGUACAAUCUUGUUGCCUCACAUUCCGUGGAUAAUGUUCAAAUAAAUUCAGCUUUACAUUGAA